AUGCAUCCAAAUUUGGUUUCCGACUUCCCUGCUGACAUCAUCGUGCCCUUUCCGGUCCCAGCCUUCUCCCAGCUUUCAUCUGCCUGCCGGGGAAGCAAGGGUGCCUACCGGUACCACUGGCAGAGCCAAAAUGUCAAGCACAGUGGCGUGGACGACAUGGUGCUGCUCUCCAAGAUCACGGAGAACGCCAUCGUGGAGAACCUCAAGAAGAGAUACAUGGACGACUAUAUUUUUACAUAUAUAGGGUCAGUAUUAAUCUCAGUCAACCCUUUCAAGCAGAUGCCAUAUUUUGGGGAAAAGGAAAUUGAAAUGUACCAAGGAGCGGCACAGUAUGAAAACCCACCACAUAUCUAUGCCCUUGCAGAUAAUAUGUACAGAAACAUGAUCAUUGACAGAGAGAACCAGUGUGUCAUCAUCAGCGGUGAAAGCGGUGCCGGAAAGACAGUAGCUGCCAAAUACAUCAUGAGUUAUGUCUCCAGAGUAUCUGGAGGAGGCCCCAAAGUCCAGCACGUGAAGGACAUUAUCCUGCAGUCCAACCCUCUGCUGGAGGCCUUCGGGAACGCCAAGACUGUCCGGAACAACAACUCCAGCCGAUUUGGAAAAUACUUUGAAAUUCAGUUCAGCCCAGGUGGAGAACCAGAUGGUGGAAAGAUCUCCAACUUCCUUCUGGAAAAAUCCAGGGUGGUGAUGAGGAACCCCGGAGAGCGGAGUUUUCAUAUAUUCUACCAGCUCAUCGAAGGGGCCUCUGCAGAGCAGAAGCACAGCCUCGGCAUCACCAGCAUGGACUAUUACUACUACCUGAGCCUCUCCGGGUCCUACAAGGUGGAUGACAUUGACGACAAACGGGAGUUUCAAGAAACUCUGCACGCGAUGAACGUGAUUGGGAUAUUCGCGGAGGAGCAAACGCUGGUGCUGCAGAUAGUGGCGGGCGUGCUGCAUCUGGGAAACAUCAGCUUCAAGGAAGUUGGCAAUUACGCUGCGGUGGAGAGUGAAGAGUUUUUGGCUUUUCCUGCUUAUCUCUUGGGGAUAAACCAGGAUCGGUUGAAAGAAAAGCUCACAAGCCGACAGAUGGACAGUAAAUGGGGAGGCAAGUCGGAGUCCAUUCAUGUGACCCUCAAUGUGGAGCAGGCCUGUUACACCAGGGAUGCACUUGCCAAGGCCCUGCAUGCCCGGGUCUUCGAUUUCUUGGUAGAUUCCAUCAAUAAGGCAAUGGAGAAGGACCAUGAAGAAUAUAACAUUGGUGUCCUGGACAUCUAUGGCUUUGAGAUAUUCCAGAAAAAUGGUUUUGAACAAUUUUGUAUAAAUUUUGUUAAUGAAAAAUUACAGCAGAUCUUCAUUGAACUGACAUUAAAGGCAGAACAGGAAGAAUAUGUUCAAGAGGGAAUAAAGUGGACACCCAUUGAGUACUUUAAUAACAAAAUUGUGUGUGACCUCAUAGAGAACAAAAUUAACCCUCCUGGGAUCAUGAGCAUCCUGGAUGACGUGUGUGCCACCAUGCAUGCGGUGGGCGAGGGCGCGGAUCAGACACUGCUCCAGAAACUCCAGAUGCAGAUUGGGAACCAUGAGCACUUCAACAGCUGGAACCAAGGCUUCAUUAUCCACCAUUAUGCUGGGAAGGUAUCCUAUGACAUGGAUGGCUUUUGUGAGCGGAACCGUGAUGUGCUUUUUAUGGAUCUGAUAGAGCUUAUGCAGAGCAGUGAGCUACCUUUCAUAAAGUCUUUAUUUCCGGAAAAUCUGCAAGCUGACAAGAAAGGGCGCCCAACUACUGCCGGGAGCAAAAUAAAGAAACAAGCCAAUGACCUUGUGAGCACCCUGAUGAAAUGCACACCCCACUACAUCCGCUGCAUAAAGCCCAAUGAGACUAAGAAGCCCAAGGACUGGGAGGAAAGCAGAGUAAAGCAUCAAGUGGAAUACCUGGGUCUGAAGGAAAACAUUCGAGUGAGAAGAGCUGGUUAUGCUUAUCGGCGCAUCUUCCAAAAAUUUCUACAGAGAUACGCCAUUCUGACCAAAGCUACCUGGCCUUCAUGGAGAGGAGAUGAGAAGCAAGGUGUUCUCCACCUGCUACAGUCUGUCAACAUGGACAGUGACCAGUUCCAGCUCGGGAGAAGUAAAGUGUUCAUCAAAGCCCCGGAGUCUCUCUUUCUCCUAGAAGAGAUGAGAGAACGAAAGUAUGAUGGAUACGCUCGAGUGAUUCAGAAAUCAUGGAGGAAAUUUGUGGCCAGGAAGAAAUAUGUCCAAAUGAGAGAAGAAGCCUCUGACCUCCUGCUGAACAAGAAGGAGAGAAGGAGAAACAGCAUUAAUAGGAACUUCAUUGGGGAUUACAUUGGGAUGGAAGAGCACCCUGAGCUCCAGCAGUUUGUGGGCAAGAGAGAGAAGAUUGACUUUGCCGACACAGUCACCAAAUAUGACAGGAGGUUUAAGGGUGUAAAGCGAGACUUACUUCUUACCCCAAAGUGCCUAUACUUAAUUGGACGAGAAAAGGUCAAACAAGGCCCAGACAAAGGCCUUGUGAAGGAAGUGGUGAAGCGGAGAAUUGAGGUGGAAAGGAUCUUGUCCGUGUCACUCAGUACUAUGCAAGAUGACAUUUUUAUUCUCCAUGAGCAAGAAUAUGACAGUUUGCUUGAAUCUGUCUUCAAAACAGAAUUCUUAAGCCUCUUAGCAAAGCGUUAUGAGGAAAAAACCCAGAAGCAACUACCUCUGAAAUUCAGCAAUACGCUUGAACUGAAGCUGAAAAAGGAGAACUGGGGUCCCUGGAGUGCAGGCGGCUCCCGGCAAGUGCAGUUCCAUCAAGGCUUUGGCGACCAGGCCAUCCUCAAGCCCAGUAACAAAGUGCUGCAGGUCAGCAUCGGACCCGGGCUGCCCAAGAACUCCCGUCCUACCAGAAGGAACACAGUCCAAAAUAGAGGUUAUCCCAGUGGGAUACAAAAUGCCAACUACCCAAUGAGAGCCGCCCCUCCUCCCCCAGGAUACCAUCAGAAUGGAGUCCUCAAAAACCAGUUUGUGCCACAUCCUCAGGGCCCUGGAAACCAAAGGUCCAAUCCGAAAAGCCUUUACACCUCCAUGGUCCGCCCACCUUUGCCACGGCAACAGUCCACUGGCACAGACCGAAUGUCCCAGACGCCCGAGAGCCUAGAUUUCCUUAAGGUUCCAGACCAGGGUGUUGCAGGUGUCCGGAGACAAACAACCAGUCGACCAGCCCCCGCAGGGGGCAGACCCAAGCCCCAGCCCAAGCCUAAGCCUCAGGUGCCCCAGUGCAAGGCUCUUUACGCCUAUGACGCUCAGGACACAGAUGAACUUAGCUUCAAUGCCAAUGACGUUAUUGAUAUUAUCAAAGAAGAUCCUUCUGGCUGGUGGACAGGUCGGUUACGAGGCAAGCAGGGCCUGUUCCCCAACAACUAUGUGACCAAGAUCUGA